AUGUCCACCUCCGACCCACCUGCAUGGAAUGCACCCAAAGAUGUAGAGGAAUUCAGGCAGAUGUAUGAGGCCGGCCCUGCUGAACUAUUCGACAACAUUGCCACCCUCGUCCAGCGCAUCCGCCUCCAAAGGGACACCCUUCAUACACAACUCACUGCCGCCAAUGAAACCAUCGACAACCUCGAGGAGCAGAUAAACCGGCUCAACCUCGACCUCAAUGUCGCCCGCGCUGCCCCCGCCCCUACCGUCGCUGUCCCCGUUGCCACUGCUCCCCCACCUGCUCCUGUCCCCGCCUUCAGGUCCGAAAAGUUCCCAGACCCCGAAAAAUUCCCUGGCACCCGCACCAAGCUCCCCGGAUUCACCACCCAACUUCGAAUGAAACUUGAAGUCAACCACGAUCGGUUCCGAAACGAGGCAGCAAAGGUUAUUUAUGCCGUCAGCCGCUUGGAAGGAAGGGCCCUCGACCAGGUCGUUCCACUCGUUAACGCUAACCCUGCCGCCCCCUUCUCCUCCGUCACCGACUUUGUUGCCCACCUGGAAGCCUCGUUUGGAGACCCAGACCCCCGGGGUACCGCCCGCCGCCAACUCGUCGCCCUGAAGCAAGGCAAAGGGGACUUCGCUACCUAUUACUCGCAGUUCCUCCACAUCGUGGCAUACCUAGACUACAACGAGGGAGCCAAGUUCGAUGCCCUGGCCGAAGGACUGUCGGAAGACCUGAAGGACGCUAUGACAUACCGGACAGACAGGCCUAACACCGUCGAAGCCUAUGCCACCAUGUUGAUGACAAUCGAUAACCAGGUUCGGGGCCGCAAAGCUGAACAACGGGCAAUUCGGAAUACAAUGGGACAAUUCACCGCCCCCGCUGCUGUCGCACACCCAUCUCAUACCGCCGGAGGCCUCGCCCCAAUGGACCUCUCUGCUCUCCAAAGCCGCCCCACUCAACCUCCUGCCAUUGAACAACGAUACACUUUUGUCAAUGGACAACGCAAAACCUCUGCCGCUGAAAAACAAUGGCGAAGGGACAACAAUCUCUGUAUGUACUGUGCCAACCCCGGUCAUGUCUUUGCCAACUGCCCCUCUGCCAAUCGCCUGCGCAGUAACCAACCGGUUAUGAGAGGCGCCCUCCUCGCACCCAGCCAUACGGCCGUCGACCCCGCUGCUCCACCGGUCGCUAGUCCCGCCUCCUCUGAGUCGGUCAUCGACGGUCGGCCUAUAUCUUCCGGACAAAUUACCCACCUCUGCUAUCUGCCGCUAUCCAUUGACUCCCACCAUGAAACUACCCCCUUCUUCGUUACCAAACUCGGCUCGUACCCACUCGUCCUCGGAAUCCCCUGGCUUCAAUUGCACGACGCAACAUUACGGUUUAAGGACAAUAGCAUACUGUUCGACUCUGAAUACUGCAAACGCAAGUGCAACUCUUCCCCGAUACCCGUUCCCAUUAGAGGAGUUGCCCCACCGCCCCGUUUCCACCUCAUCAGUUCAGCUGCUCUUUGUCGCUUUGCUCGAAGAGACAAACUCCAAAUCUUUAGUACAACUAUUGAGGAAAUAGCUCAAGCAACGGGCGAGGCCCCUAAGCAAGACUGGAGGAACCGGGUCCCAACCCGGUAUAAGAGAUUUUAUAAAAUGAUGGACGAAGAAUUCGCUAACGAGAUGCCGCCUCGCCGCCCCUAUGAUCACAAGAUACCGCUCAAGGAAGGGAAAGAGCCCCCUUUUGGGCCACUUUAUGGUAUGUCCCGCGAGGAACUCAUUGUGCUGAACCAAUACAUACAGGACAAUCUUCAAAAGGGGUUCAUUCAGGCCAGCUCUUCGCCUGCCGGUGCCCCUGUCCUAUUUGUUAAAAAGGCCGAUGGAACACUCCGCCUUUGUGUCGACUAUCGUGGCCUUAACGAACUUACUGUCAAAAACCGCUACCCGCUGCCACUCAUCCGGGAAACUCUCGACCGCCUUUCCAAAGCCAAGUGGUACACCAAACUUGACCUUCACCAAGGGUACAAUCAGAUUCGAAUGGCUGAGGGUGAAGAAUGGAAAACAGCCUUCCGAACGCGUUACGGACAUUUCAAGUACACCGUAAUGCCCUUCGGCCUCACCAAUGCACCAGCCACCUUUCAACAUUUUAUUAAUGAUUGCGUCCGUGAAUACCUUGAUAUGUUCUGUACAGCCUACCUUGACGAUAUCCUUAUUUACAGCGACACCUUCGAGGAACACCAAGUACAUGUCGAAAAAGUACUGGAAGCCCUACAAAGAAAUGGAAUACUGCUGAAACCGGAGAAAUGUGAAUUCCACACACAAAGCACCACCUAUCUCGGCCUAAUUAUCGAACCCAAUGGUAUUAAAAUGGACCCAAGGAAAGUGGAGACGGUGAAGAAUUGGACCGUCCCCAAAACAGUUAAGGAUGUACAAGCAUUCCUAGGUUAUGCUAACUUCUACCGCCGAUUCAUACGCGGAUUCUCGGAACUGGCUUCCCCUCUUACCAGACUGACACGUAAGGACACAUCAUUUGGAUGGACACCCGAAGCCCAAACCGCCUUCAAUGCCCUGAAAGAAGCCUUCACCACGGCGCCCAUUCUCACUCAGUUCGACCCGGAAAAGGAAAUUACUGUGGAAACCGACGCAUCUGACUACGUCUCCGCCGGUGUACUCUCCCAAUACGAUGACAAUGGUAUCCUCCGACCUGUUGCAUACUUCUCGAAAAAAUACUCCCCCGCCGAAUGCAACUACGAGAUUUACGACAAGGAAUUACUGGCAAUCAUUCGGUCUUUUGAGGAGGGGCGACCGGAACUUGAAGGGGCUGCACACCCAAUCGCCGUCAUAUCCGAUAAUAAGAAUCUCGAAUACUUUAUGAGUACCAAACAACUCAACCGGAGACAAGCACGUUGGGCAGAAUACCUGUCACGAUUUAAUUUUGUUAUCAAAUACCGACCAGGGAAACAAGGAGGGAAACCGGACGCGUUGACAAGAAGAUCAGGAGAUCUCCCUGGAGAGGGGGAUGAAAGACAAUCGCAUCAGAGUCAAGUUGUGUUGAAGAAGGAGAAUCUCGAUGCAAAGCUAAGUUUGUUGGCGGGUUCCUUCUCAAAUGAGCCCGCUGAAAAGAACGCCUCACUGCAGGAAUUAUUCGAUGAAGGAUAUAGCGCUGACCCGUUUCCCCAAAAAAUACUGGAUAUGCGGAAUAAAGGCGAUCGACAAUCAAAGGACAUAUCACUCGCCGAAUGCACCGAGGUCGAAGGCCGAUUGCUUUACCGAGGCAGCAUAUAUGUCCCUGAUUACGACCCUCUUAAACUCCGAAUCCUCCAACUUUACCAUGACGCUGCCUCUGCCGGACACCCGGGACGCGAAAAAACAUUCGAAUUCGUUAGUCGGGACUACUACUGGCCCCUCAUGCGAAAUUAUAUUGCCCGCUACGUUCGGAACUACCACACCUGCCAACGAAGCAAACCCAACACCCAUGGAAAACUCGGCGUACUUCGACCUUUACCGAUUCCCGAACAACCAUGGCAGGAAGUAUCGAUGGACUUUGUUACUGGCCUACCGGAAAGUGAAGGGUACGAUGCAAUUAUGGUAGUGGUUGACCGGCUAACAAAGAUGCGACAUCUCCUGCCCUGCAAUACUACAGUCAACUCCGAAGACGUCGCCCGACUAUAUUUGCGAAACAUAUGGAAACUCCACGGGCUACCCACACACGUCACCUCCGACCGUGGUACGCAAUUUACAGCUAGGUUUUGGAAGGCUCUUUGUAAACACCUCAACAUCGAAGCAAGGAUGUCCACCGCCUUCCACCCGGAGACCGACGGCCAAACCGAAAGGCUGAAUGCU